UGAAGACCGAAUACGAGAUUUUGUAAUAGAAGGGCACAAGUCUGGGCUAUUACCCCUUCCAGGAGAUGUAGAUGUUCUAUGCGGAGGUCCUCCAUGUCAGGGUAUUAGCGGCUUUAAUCGGUUCAGAAACUUUGAUGCACCGUUAGAAGAUGAGAGGAACCGCCAAGUUGUUGUCUUUAUGGACAUUGUACAAUUUCUCAAACCUAAGUAUGUACUGAUGGAAAAUGUUUGUGAUUUACUGAAAUUUGCCAAGGGUACACUGGCACGAUAUGCUCUAAGCCGCUUAGUUUACAUGAACUAUCAAGCAAGACUAGGAAUGAUGGCUGCAGGUUGCUAUGGUCUUCCACAAUUUCGAUUACGUGUGUUUUUGUGGGGGUGUCAUCCUUUUGAGAAAUUGCCACAAUUUCCUCUUCCGACCCAUGAAGUAAUCUUGAAAGGUUAUGCUCCUAUAGAAUUUGAGCGUAGCAUUGUUGGAUAUGAUGAAGGCCAACCACGGGCAUUGGAAAGGGCUGUCGUUCUUGAAGAUAUUUUUUCUGAUCUUCCGGCAGUGACAAACCAGGAAGAUCGAGAGCAAAUGAAAUAUGAGAAAGAUCCUCAAAAUGAGUUUCAGAGAUAUAUCAGGGCCCCCAAGUCAGAGAUGUUGGGAUCAACAGCGAUGUCAGCGAAUAAUGUAAAAACAUCUUUGUUGUAUGACCAUCGUCCUCAACGACUAAGUGAUGAUGACUACUUGAGAGUUUGCCAAAUCCCUAAGAGAAAGGGUGCAAACUUAAGGGAUCUUCCUGGUCUUGUUGUUGACGUUAACAAUAAAAUUCAGUUUGAUCCAACAAUGGAUCGGGUACUAUUGCCAUCUGGUAGGCCACUGGUUCCAGACUGGGCCUUGAACCUCUGGGAAGGAAAGACAUCAAAACCAUUCUCUCGAUUAUGGUGGGACGAGAUAGUGCCAACUGUGCUAACUGUUCCUGAUUCACAUAGCCAGACGAUAUUACAUCCAGAACAAGAUAGGGUCCUUACAAUUCGGGAGGCUGCAAGAGCUCAAGGCUUUCCUGAUCACUAUCACUUCUAUGGGACAGUGAAGCAAAGGUACCGGCAGAUUGGCAAUGCUGUGGCAGUUUCUGUGAGUAAAGCUCUCGGCUAUUCAUUGGGGUUGGCAUUGCUAAACCAAAGCGGGGACGGCCCCCUUAUGACCCUCCCACCCAAAUUCUCGCAUUCUUACAAAUUACACGACCCUAAUAAUAGCUCCUCAUCUGGAGUGCAAGAAUAAGUGUGCACUCUUCGCGCUUGAUUGCUUCUCAUUCUUAUUGAGAUUUCCAUCUUUGUGUCAACAGUAUUGAUCGAAACUCCAUUAACCUCUUGACCAAUUGUCUGUUCAAUAAUGAACUAACUGAUAUGCUUGUAACCCUCAUAAUUCUUUUCCCAUAAUGAUAAUUCCUGCAUUGGGUCCUUUCCCUC